UAUACAGAUUUUAUUAAAAUUUUAGUCUUUCACACUGAUAAUUCCAAUUUGGGACUGUGGGAACACAGUUAAGCUAUUCUAUUCUCUUCUAAUACCUUCUUAUAUUAUAAUAAGAGGAUCAAAUACUGCAAUGUUAAACAUACUUUGAUACAAAUUUGACUUAACGUCUAAAAAAAGCCCACAUCCCGUAAUUCAAAAGUAGCGCCCCACACGGCCAAUCCGCACACUGCUUUUGUUUACAGCCCUCCCCCUCGCCACCGCCCCCCUGCGUGAAGCGCAUGCGCAACAGCCGCUAAGGGCCGCCAUUUUGUGCGGAGCCUACUCUGCAAAAGCGGGAGAGGAUUAAAACCGCCGGAGGUGAAGGACGCAAUUUUACUCCGUCUCGUACUAAAGGAAGAACAAACCCUGGGCUUUCUGUCGAAUUCAACGCGAGAGUAAAUCACCAAAAGCAGGUAAAACAGCGCUACUUUUCCGAAAGGGGGGAGUUUUGCAGGAGCUUUAAUCGGCCUCUAGGUGUCACGAUGGGGCUCCCAGUCCAGGCGGCUGGCGGGGGGUGUUUGUCUCCCUCUAUCGUUAUCGAAAAUUUAGCAAAAAACAUUUAUAACCCAGAAGUUCGGGCUUCAGCCCGAUUAUUAAGCACUAUUGAAACUAUAUCAGACUGCAUUUUACCAAGAUGCCAUUAUUUAACGCCAGGAUGUUUGCUUCAAUCUUUAGGCCAGGCGUCCAUUUUCUGUUUCUUCUCUUUGUUUCCUGUCUUUAGAAACCCGCCGUUUCUGCACGCGCACUUAGCCAACCAGCUAAUAUACCUCUUAAAGUUGACUAGUUUCCAACCAUACAACGACCAAAUAGUUUAGAACAAGCACCUAAAUUCACAAACGUCAAAUUCGCGAGGUUUUACUCUUAAUGUGUGCUAUUUUAAGCAACAAAACAUAUUUUAGCUAGCGCCUAUCGCUCUGUUCGCGCCCCUCCUCGAGCAGUUAAAUUCAAACCCGAGACGAAGAAACAUUGACCCGGUUUGGCGAUAAUAAAGUCCCAUUACGACGGCCUCAGUUCGCUCUUCGGUCCUUAUCACUCCUGGAAGCCGAAAUAACGGGUUUAAGCCUAAAUUAAAUAACAAAUAAAUGCAUCUUUGGUGAUUUAGCAUCCGUUCUGCCGCCGAUGCUAGCGUAUUGCGCAGAUUAAAAUCAAACGAGGAAGAUGCCGUUGCUAAACUAUACCGAUAGCCAUUUUCGAUAAGUAGGACCGAGCCUCGCCGUACACUCCCCGAAUCCCAGAGUUUAUCGCCUGAAAACAGCCGAAUCGCCGCAGUCGUCGGUCUCAGUGCGACCGCUCACUCUUAUUGAAAAGACUAACCUCAAGCAACAAACGACUGAAGGGAUAAAAACUGUAGAGAGCUCCCUCUACAACCCGACUGGUAGUGGUACAAAAACACGAUUAACCAUCGCAGAAUGCCCUCUUGCUGUGGAAAAUCAUAAGGGUGUUUUAAAACGUGUGAAGGUAUUACCCAUGGAAGGGGGACCGACUGAGGCAGUGGUGGAAGAUGCAGGGGAUGCUUUCAAGGCCAAGGAAUGUAAGACAUACCAAAGGCGACGAGAAGAUGAGGAAGUAGGAGCCGAAUUGCUGCAGGCUGCUGGGUUAGAGCAAGCCCAGGUUGAAGGAGAGCCUGUGGUGGAGGCCCAGCAACAGUUGGUCGAGAGUGUCGUUAAUGUCAACAGCAGUGUGGAGAUGAUGGUGAUGGACUCCCUGGACCCUGCCCUCCUCCAGAUGAAGACAGAAGUCAUGGAGGCUGCUGUCGGAGCACCUGUUGGUGCUGCCCAUGAAGCCACGGUUACAACUGUCGAUGACACUCAGAUCAUCACUCUGCAGGUAGUGAACAUGGAGGAGCAGCAGUUGGGCUUGGGAGAGUUGCAGCUAGUGCAGGUGCCUGUUUCUGCUGUGCCCGUCACUGCUGCCACUGUGGAAGAGCUGCAAGGGACACUGGUUGAUGCCACUGCCAUGCCUAAAGAUGGGGAGCCUGUCAUCUGUCACACCCUGCCAUUGCCUGAGGGCUUCCAGGUGGUCAAGGUGGGUGCAAAUGGAGAAGUGGAAACUGUGGAGCAAGAUGAGCUCCAGGCCCAAGAGGAUCAGCCUCCACAGCAGGAGGAGGAGGAGAUGGCUGAAGCCCAAAAUGAAGACCCCACGUGGUCUAAAGAUCCAGAUUACACACCCCCUGUUAAAAAGGUUAAGAAGACUAAGAAAAGCAAGCUGCGCUACAACACGGAGGGCGAUAAAGACAUGGAUGUGUCUGUGUAUGACUUUGAGGAGGAGCAGCAGGAGGGACUGCUCUCUGAAGUCAAUGCUGAGAAAGUUGUGGGUAAUAUGAAACCGCCCAAACCAACCAAAAUCAAAAAGAAAGGUGUUAAGAAGACAUUCCAGUGUGAGCUGUGCAGUUACACCUGCCCGCGCCGUUCCAAUCUGGAUCGCCACAUGAAGAGCCACACGGAUGAGAGGCCUCACAAGUGCCAUCUUUGUGGACGAGCCUUCAGGACUGUGACAUUGCUGAGAAACCAUCUCAACACCCACACAGGCACCAGACCACAUAAGUGCACUGACUGUGACAUGGCCUUCGUCACCAGUGGAGAGCUGGUGCGACACAGACGCUACAAGCACACUCAUGAGAAACCAUUCAAGUGCUCCAUGUGUGACUAUGCCAGUGUUGAGGUUAGCAAGCUGAAGCGGCACAUUCGCUCCCACACUGGAGAACGUCCGUUCCAGUGCAGUCUGUGCAGCUAUGCCAGCAGAGAUACCUAUAAGCUGAAGAGACAUAUGAGGACCCACUCAGGAGAGAAGCCCUAUGAGUGCUAUAUCUGUCAUGCUCGUUUUACCCAGAGUGGUACCAUGAAGAUGCACAUUCUGCAGAAGCACACAGAAAAUGUGGCAAAAUUUCACUGCCCCCACUGCGACACAGUUAUUGCUCGCAAGAGCGAUCUCGGUGUGCACCUCCGUAAGCAGCAUUCCUACAUUGAGCAGGGCAGGAAGUGUCGUUACUGUGAUGCUGUGUUCCAUGAGCGCUAUGCUCUCAUCCAGCAUCAGAAGUCCCACAAAAAUGAGAAACGCUUCAAGUGUGACCAGUGUGACUAUGCGUGCCGUCAGGAGCGUCACAUGGUCAUGCACAAGCGCACCCAUACUGGGGAGAAGCCAUACGCCUGCAACCAAUGUGAGAAGACUUUCAGGCAGAAACAGCUCCUGGAUAUGCACUUUCGGCGCUACCAUGACCCCAACUUUGUACCCACAUCCUUUGUUUGCACCAAGUGCGGAAAGACCUUCACUCGCAGGAAUACUAUGGCCAGACAUGCAGAGAACUGCACUGGUAUGGAUUCUACUGAUGGAGAGAAUGGAGCUCCACCUAAAAGGGCUCGUGGUGGCAGAAAGAGGAAGAUGCGCUCUAGAAAGGAUGAUGAUGACGAUGAUAGCGAUGAGCAUGGAGAUCCUGACCUUGAUGACAUUGAUGAAGAGGAAGAGGAUGAGCCUCUUGAUGAUGAGCAGAUGGAUGUGGAACAGGCUCCACCCAGCGUUCCCAUCCCCGCACCAGCUGAACCUCCUGUCAAGAGGAAACGGGGCAGACCCCCCAAGAACGCACCCAAGGCAUCUCCUACAAAGUCUAUCGCCAAAACCACCACAGCAGCUGCUGCCAUUAUCCAGGUGGAGGAUGAAAGCACAGGGGCCAUUGAGAACAUCAUUGUGAAGAAGGAGCCUGAGGGCUCUGAUGCAGUUGUAGCUGCCCAGCCAGUGGUAGAGGAAGUGGAGGCAGUCGAGGCUGGUGUAGAAACAGUGCAGCUAGCUGUCCCUGAAGCUGCACCUAAUGGUGAUCUUACUCCUGAAAUGAUCCUUAGCAUGAUGGACCGGUGAUCUGGGGAUAUGUGUGCGCACACAGGCUGAUCACACAUGCUUGCAUAAAUGCACAUCCCCAUAUGUGUCCCCUGAAUAUAUAUAUAUAUACAUAUACACACAUGCUCACAUCCUUUUUUUUUUUUUUUUCUUCCCCUCACCUCCUUUAAUUCCACGCCAAGUCCUCAUGUCCUGCAUCAAAUCUCUUAAGGACUCCAUUGUUCCGCUACCUUUUCCUAUAAAACCCUACUUAAAUUUUGUCUUCUCAUGACGGAUCACAAAGCUGCGCUUUUCUACUGUUUCUAUCACACCAGUAGUUCAACUGCUGAGUUUUUUUUUUUUUUUUUUUUGCUGUGUACUUUGUACGUGGAGAGGCCAGAUGAUUUUUUUUUUUUUUUUUUUUUUUUUUUUUUUUUGAGAGCAGGAAUGUCUCUGACAUUACAUGGUAUAAUACAUGCAUCUAGACUUUUCUUUACCCAUCUAACCUUCUGUCUUCAUUUGUCAUUUUAAAUCUGACAUUACCAUGGCAAUAUUGAGAAACAAUAUCAUUUUGUGCCUGGUCAAGCCUUGAUAUCUAGAAUCGCUGUCACUGCUGUAGAAAAUCCUCUCAAUGUUUGACAUUAAUGAUGACUUUUAUUCGCUGUUUGUUCCUCAUGUGCUCUUUCACUGGUCACAGAUGAUAAUGUUAGAGAGCGUAGAAAUGUAGCCGCCUAAUUAUCAAGCCAGGGACGAUGACAUCCAUCCAUAUGUUAAAAAAAAAACCUGCGGUUGAUAAAUUUGUACAAAAAAGGUCAUCUUGGCUAGUCUUGCUUGUAAAUAAUUUUUAUUUUCUGUUUUAUUAUGAACAUUUUAAUCUUUUUCUAGUGAAUUGAUGACCUUGAAUGCUAGGGCAAUGGCUUUUAACAGUAGUUGUUUGGAAACAUGCCAUUGAAAGCUUUCAAAUUACUUGUGGGGCAAAAUAAAAGCCUGAACAAUCAUGUAGGCUGCAUAACCCCUUUUCUUUCUGUCCCUCUGUCGCUUGAAUCGUUGCAUUUGAGUCUGCUCAACUCGCUUGAUGGGGAGGGGUUGCUUAGUCUUUUUCCGAGAGAGUGGCUUUAAUAUUGUUCCACCUGACAAAUAGGCUUCCUUGUUGGAUUUUGUUCUAGCUUUUGUAAAAGGAGGAAAAGGGACAGAUCUGGGCAGGUACAGCAACAUGCAUGUCUCCAAUCUUUUUGAUCUGUUUUGAUGUGGUCGUGUUCCCAACAACCACCCCUAAUAUUAAAUAAAAACUAUGUGACCCGAGUUGUUAGUUUCAUGGGAUUCUGGAAGGAGACUUAAAGUUUACAAUAGGUUUUUCAGACCACAUUUAAUUUAAGAAGUUUAAUACGAGUGUUCGAGGAAGCUAUUUUGAUACGAACUGUUUCUAGAAGAGGAAGCUUGGAUAGGAUAUUUGUAAAAAGUUGUCACUUGUUCAAAAGAGCAAUGUCCUUAUUUCUGAUUAUUUGUUUUUCUGAUUCAGAAUGAAGUUUUCCUCCAACAUGUAAUUGCAUUUAAAUUGCUUUCUUUUUUAAGCUCUUAAAAUUCUAGGUUAAUGCUUCUUGGUUUUUUUUUUUUGUUUGUUUUGUUUUGUUUUUUAACCUAGCUGUACUGUUUGAAUUUUACAAUGGUCAGAAAAAAACAACCUUAUAAAGACAUUUAUUAUGGCUGGGUGGAGUAUAGAGGGCCUAUAAGGUAAGAUGGUGUGGAGAAUGUAUUGCUGUACAGCUAAUAAAAGAAUAUUGUCCUAA